AGAUGUGUGAUUUUUUACCAUUGACAUUUUCAUCAAAUAUGGAAACUAUAAAGGAUGUGGAUGGAUGUUAACAUCCAGAAUUAUACAAACCUCCUACACAGAAUCUUUACAUUGAAUAGUGAAUUUGCAAGAAUUGCAACAAUAUUCAGUACAGAUAAUAAUCCUUGUGUUCAUCAUUUAUUAAUUGUGUAUCACCAAAGGGAAAAUUGGCCCAAUUCUGUGAAUCAUAUUUUCCAUUUUCUUUGCAUCCAGAGAAAAAGAUUUAACUUAGUGUUUAUAUAUCGAAAACACAGAAGAAAAAGAAAAACUAGAUAUUAUAGCUUUGCUAAAAGACACUCCAAGUGCAUAAUCAAUAUUAUUGAUAAGAGAGAGACUAUACAACAAAUUUUGGUUUUAAUAAGGAAUAGCAGUGAUAUCAAACUGAGAUAUACUCUUCAAAUCAGAACAGCUCAACAAAAGAAAUAUUGCAUAUUUGAAUACAAAGUCAGUUGACAUAAGUUAUAUUAAAAACAAAAUAUGGAAAAAUCUCUUACAUCACUGGGAAGCUUAUUGCUGACUUCAACAGAAUUGCCGCAUUUUGUUGAUAAACUGCCAACUAAGUAUGUGUGCCCUGUGUGUAAUUUUGUGUUAAGGAACGCUAUGCAGCUACAGUGUGGACAUCAAAUUUGUGAGCAGUGCAUUGAUCCAUUGUUUGGAGAAAAUGAAAAAGCAACGUGUCCUGUUAAAACUGACGAGGAGUGUGAGGAACCAUUCUCAAAAAAUGAGGUGUACAAAGAUAUGUGUACUCGACGAGAGAUGAUGUUGCUACCAGUGUUUUGUUUGUACAGUAAUGAGGGUUGCCAAGAAAUACUAAAGUGGAAGAACCUUCAGACCCACACUGAAACAUGUGAGUUUAAGCCUGUUGAAUGUGAUGACUGCCAUGAAAAGAUACCUCAGAAUAAACUGCUGGCUCAUAAGGAAUCAGAAUGCAACUAUCGUCUUGUUGUGUGUGACCACUGCUCACAGAAUGUACCCUUCUGCCAGAUGCAGAGUCAUCUUGACCAUGAUUGUCUAGAGUAUCCACUUAAUUGUCCUAAUGGCUGUGAGAAUGUAACUCUAAGAAGAAACGAGAUGGAAAAUCACUUGCAGUCUUGUCCAAGGCAACCAAUACCAUGUGGAUACAAAACUAUAGGGUGUACAUAUGUUAAUGUUGUAAAAGAGGUGGAGAAGCACCAAGCAACUGCCACAGAUCACCAUUUAAUGUUGGUCAUGUCAUUUUCUGGACAAACAAGUGACCAAAAUAAAGCAGUACAAGCUGAAAUUGAGAAAAGCAAGAAAGAGGCGGAGGAACUAAAGUUAAUUGUACAGGAAUUAAGACAGGAAAAUCAAAGAUUAAAAGAAGAAAUACAACCUUUAGUUAAAUCCUUAACAAAAGAUAUGAAAAAGAAAUUAGUGACAUUAACAGAAAGAUUAAUAAACUUGGAAAGGAUGUUCGAACAUCAACCAAAGAAGGAGGUCCUGGAAAAACAGGAACAACUCAUCAAUUCAUUGAGAGAGGACUUGAGGGUCAGCCAGGAGCAGAUAACUCAGAUAGAGAGGGCAGGGCCUUCAGGGGGAGGGUCUGAGGCCGGAAUGCCUCAAGAGGUAAGGAAUCAACUGAAGAACAAUGAAAAACAGAUGGCUAUCCAGGAUAUAAGGUUAGCAGAACUCGACCUGAGAUUCCAGGUGUUAGAGACUGCCAGUUAUGAUGGCAUUUUAAUGUGGAAAAUCAGAGAUUAUUCCAGAAGGAAGCAGGAAGCUAAGAGUGGAAGAACUCUAUCCCUGUACAGCCAGCCAUUUUACACAAGUCGCACAGGUUACAAGAUGUGUGCUCGGGUGUACUUGAAUGGAGACGGUAUGGGUAAAGGGACUCAUCUUUCACUGUUCUUCGUGGUGAUGAGAGGGGAGUACGAUGCCCUGCUUCCUUGGCCUUUCCAGCAGAAGGUCUCACUGAUGCUUUUGGAUCAGGACUCUUUCAGGAGACAUGUUUGUGAUACCUUCCAGCCAGACACCACAAGCACCAGCUUCAAGAGACCAACGACUGAGAUGAAUGUCGCCACAGGAUGUCCUCUGUUUAUCUCUCACAGUGUGUUAGAAACAAAGACGUACCUCAAAGACGACACAAUAUUCAUUAAGGUCAAAGUUGACACCAACAACAUACCUGUGCUAUAGUAUACACCACAUCUUUGCUAGCCAAGGAGUUUGAUCCACUCCUGUUUUCAUAAAUGUGAAGAGAAGGUGAACAAUCACAACUCUUAGCUAGUGAAGAUGGUAUAUAUAUAUUAUUAUACUAAUGCACAACAGUAAAUGUUCAUAAAUUAGAGCUGCUUUGGCAGAGUACCAAUUUAAGCCUUAGCAAACAUUUUCUUAUUAAGACAGCAUGUUUUUAUAAAGUUUGUAAAAACAAUAUUUAUUAUUUCUUCCUUAGCUUUUUUAGCCAUAGAAUAAUGGCUUUUCUAAAUAGUCAACCUCAUACAUGUAUGCAAAAUUAACCCUGUGUGUUUGUAUCUUAAUAAUUAAGAUUAGAUCAUUUUGUAUUGUGGGGAACAGUAUUCUUUUUGGAUUCUAUAAAAUGAUAUCAAUUUAAAAUGUACAUUAACAUUUUACCCAGAUAUACAUGUAUGAUGACUGUUUAUCUGGACACAAAAUUAACUACUCAUUGUCUCUUCAUUCCAUAAACCUUCAGUGCAUUGGAGGUCCGUUUGUUUAAUUUAAGGUACUGUAAAUAUAUGUAUUUCAUGUUAUGGUUCAGUAUAUGCAUUGAUAAACAAUAAAAACUUUGACUGUCAGAAAUAUAUUUACAGUAUGAGCAA